ACCGGAAGUAGCUUUCGAGUGAGGAAAAUGGAGUCGACAACUUUCGCUUUGGUUUUGUUGGUAUUUAUCAAUGUAAUUUUACCAGUAGACGCCUUGAACUCAUUGACGAACAUAAACAACGAUUUCAAAGCUGAUCCCAAGAGAGUGGAAAACUUAUUCAGCCAGAAAGUUUUAAGAGAGAUUCAAUCAGUCCGCGAAGGGGACGUGAACAAGUAUGUGAGGAAUUUCGAAUCAUUACAAAGUGUGCAGGCCAAUGGAAGCUCUUGCGUCUGCAGUGGAUACAACUGUGGUUGCUGUGCAAAUCUCAAGUGGGACGUCAUACAUCUGGAUGAUACAGUGUGCGUGAAUGUGUCAUAUCUGCCUGCACCUGAGUAUGGGAUAUCUGCUACUGUGACUGUGGAUGGUAAAACCAUCAUCAACGAAACUGUGUCUGCCCGCAACCCACCACCCCUGUGUGUGGAUGUUCCUUACCUAAAGGAGUAUGCCAGUCUGUGUAUCCGCCUCAGCCAGAUCACAGUCACCCCAAGGUCCUUCAGUGCAUGCGCAUCAAUUGAGGCAGAGUUAUUCAAAAUCAAGGUCGAGGAGAUAAAUCUGGGAUGUUUCACCAUUCCUCCGAAUGUCAAGGUCACCCAGGGGUCAUCAGAUGGUCCUCUCCUCUGGUCAAAGGGCAGCCUGAAGUCCGUGGAUGCUCUCAAAGAUGUUCCUUUCCGAUCAGAUAAAAUGUUGUCCAAAAAUGAUGCUGAGUAAAGAACAAGGGGAUUUGAAGGUUGUUCGUUGUAUAAAGGAGGGAGAAUACUUUAGUAAUAUUUAGUUUUUUUUCUGUGUUGUUUUUGAGAUUAUUUUCUUAACAUAUCUCUUUUCACGAUAAUUCAGAUCUGGACUUGAUAUUUGUAAAUAGUUAUUACAAUAUAAAUAUUAUUAUGCCUGCUCUAUUGUUGAUGAUUUUGGAAACGCUACCAUUAAAACCAACAAGUGCCAAGAUUCUGGUUGGACAACUUAAAUUACAACAAUUGAAGUUUUGUUUUUUUAACAUGGCUUGUAAUUUCAGAAUUUAUUUGCAAAAAUAAUGUCAACAAAUUAUGUUAACUUAAAAAAAAGGCAUUUUUUAAACAACAUUUUGCGAAUGAUUGUAUAAUUCAUUGCUUUUUCAUUGAAUGUCUAUAGUUCAAUUAAGGUUGUUUUUAUAACAAAUUAAUAUUCAGGUGAUAUUUUGAGUGAAAAAAUGGCACACUCUGACUUUACAUGUAGUUUUUGAUAAAAUCCUGUCUGCCAAAGGCAAAAAUAUUAUUGUUGUGCGUGUUUUGUUUACACAUCAGGGUAAUUAUUAAUACUUGUUUGAAAAUAACUGGUAUGCAUUAAAAAUAGUAAUUCAACUUGACCUUUUGAUCAAUGUUUUGCGUCUGAAGGAGGGCAUGUAGGUAGUAUCACUGCCUUUCUAGGGCUGGGUGUCUGGGUAUAACUGCCUUUCUAGGGCUGGGUGUCUGGGUAUAACUGCCUUUCUAGGGCUGGGUGUCUGGGUAUAACUGCCUUUCUAGGGCUGGGUGUCUGGGUAUCACUGCCUUUCUAGGGCUGGGUGUCUGGGUAUAACUGCCUUUCUAGGGCUGGGUGUCUGGGUAUCACUGCCUUUCUAGGGCUGGGUGUCUGGGUAUAACUGCCUUUCUAGGGAUGGGUGUCUGGUGGGUGAUCCGUAUGACCAGAUUAAGUUGCAGCUCUGUAACAUUUACCUGCCUGGAAGGAUUUUUUUUAUAAGUAUGUGUAUUAUAAUCCUGCAUUACCAGACAAUGCAUUCUAUGCGACGCCUAUGCGCUUUGAAGAAAAGUAAAGGUCACAAAACAAGGUGAAAGUUAUGAAGUUUUGUUUCUGUUCUGAGUUUUUGAAUGUCUCUGAUUUUUUUUUACAAGUUUUAAUGAGUUCCCAUGUGUCUAUAGAGCUAUCAUGCUUCUUAUUGAAAUGUUAGAUCUAUAUUCAAGUUCAAAGGUCAGGACUUUAUGAUGCUGCUAUUAAUGUGAAAGUUUAGUUCUAUAUCCAAGGUCAAAGGUCAGGACUUUAUGAUGAUUCUAUUUAUGUGAAAGGUUAGGUGUAUAUUCAACGUCAAAGGUCAUGGCUUUAUGUUGCUGCUAUUUAUGUCAGAACAAAUUUUAUAUAUGUCUGGAUAAUAAUUCCCUUUUAUGGUACGAUAUGAUGUGAACCACACGACUUCUGUGCUAUUUGUUUAAAAGUCAAGAUUAAAAUAAAGGUCACUAAAAAAUGUAACAUUAAAUUUAAAAAAAUUCUUUUCUGUAACUUCACUGCUUUGGAGUUUAUUAAUAUUACUUCUGAUUAUUAAUACCAUACCCAAAGUAUGUGUUAGAUACAUUUACCAGAGUGAAGCCAAGGUCACAAAGUCAAAGGUCAUUGGCUUUAUUUUGUAUCCUCUAUUCUUUAGAGGGUAUAUAAUACUUAUGUGAAUACAUAUUCCAUAAGAUGGGUGAUGUGCAAUUCUUAUGCCCCUAGGUUAACAGCCAAAGUCAAGGUUAUAAUUCAAUGUCAAGGGACUUGAGUUAUCGUUUCAGCUUUUAAACCCCUGCCAAAGGCGGAGGGAUAUAGAAUUGGCGUUUCGUGUCCGUCUGUCACAAACUUUUCAGGGCUUUAUCUCAGAAACUCACUCAAAUUUGAAAUUAUAUAAGAUAUCAACAUGAAACUUCAUGGGUGUAUAGAAAUCAAUGACGAAAUUUGGUGGGGAUAUCAAUUCAAUGAAUUGCUUGUUAAAUUAAUAAAAUUACAUUUUGUACUGUUCGUCUUUGUACUCUGACAAGGAAUCUGACAUUCCUUGUUUCUAUGAUGUGAGUUACUUUUUUAUUUAAUUAAUAUUGCGGGUGAGCAGUGUUCUUAUUUACCAUUUGAUGGUUUACUUUUUGCCUUAAGAAGGGCAUUAAAACUAUUUCUUUAUCAUGUUUUAGAAAAAAGAUUAUUUACUGUCAAUUUUGAAUUUUGCAUGUGUUUUAACAUUUAGUUUUUCUCAAACUAUAAGCAUUUUGCUUGUGUACUUCAUAUUAUUUUGCUCCUAUACUUAAUCAUGCAUAAAUACUGGUUUAAUUUUAGUAUAUAAUACAAAAGACCAGAUUGUGUCCCAGUUAAUAGUAAAACAGUUCAAUAGUAUUAUGAUAUUAAAGUGCCAAUUUUAUAUAUAAGCUGUUUUGUUGAUGACUUUUUAUGUUAAAAACGUUGUUUUUUAAUACUUUACCAGAACUUACAUUUUUUUAUUAACAGUCAUACAUAUUUGUAUUAUAAGUGCACAACAUAUUUAUGCGAAUCAAACGUAGUAUAUUAUUAUAUUACAUAAUAGUGCCUUUAAAUAACUAUCCUUUUAUUUACAUAAUUUCAAGAUGAGCUUGUAGAUGGUGAAAUAAAUAUCUAUACAUGAUUUGUUUAAAUAAAUUAUCUUUUCUAAUGUAAUGAAAGUUUAUAUUUUGCAUUGAUCUCUGGCAAUCCCGUUCAGGCAUAAUUUUCCAAUAUGUUUUGUAAGUGACUUUAUCGAUAUUAUAAUCUAAUUAACCCUUUCAGUGCUGGAACCGAAUUUUGAAGGCCUUUGCAAACAGUUUGGAUCCAGAUGAGAUGCACAAAACGUGGCGUCUCAUCAGGAUCCAAACUGAUAGUAUUCUUUGAAAAAAAAUGAAAAAAAUGCUAAUUUAAGAAAUUCAGCAGAUGACAUUUUAGCAGACGACAAAUUUCCCAGCAUGCAAAGGGUUAAACAGACGAGCAUUAUAUGGCUGCUUGGUACAUGUAGUUCACACAGGUUUGCUUCGUAACAGAAUUUGUCUUUGAAAAGAGCAUUUAGCCUAAGUGUAUUUAGCUUUAUUGGUAUGCAUAUUCUAUUACCAUUAUUGAACAAAUUCAAAGAUAGAUCGUUGUUUAAAGGCAUUACAUGAAUAGUUUUGAGCACCAUAAAACGAAAGCCGAUCCAGUACUAAACAAUGACUAAACGUUAUAGAUCCUUUUUUUUCAAAUCUACUAAUGCAUCUAUAAUAGCUUUCGUACACCUAUUUUACAGCUACAGCUCUGGUACUUUUGUUAACCUGAUUCAUUUAAGAUGCUGUGACUAAAAUAUUGAUGGUUAUGAGUUUGAAAUAAAGCUUUGUGUAGCGUGCAUAA